UGACAGGCAGCUGUCAAACAGCUUGUUUUCGUCCUUUCAUUGAGUACUCGAAUAAAAGUUUUUGGCAUAUUUUAUAAGUCUAUUAUUCUAUCGAUUAUAAACGCUAUAUUAUUGCAAAACAUUUUUAUUUUAAUGUACGUUGCAAGGAUUUUCAUGAUAAAUAUUCUCGCUUCUCACGUCAUCAAUCCCAAGAUGACUGCAGUGAAUAAACAGGAAUUUUAUGUAAAUUUACUUAAGGAGACGAAAGGUAAUUGACGUUGUUAACGGUCGACCUCGUACAUAUCACUUUUUUACUCCGAAUAAAGGAAUUACAAGCUCAAUGGAAAGCGUAACUAAAUCAAAGUCCAUUUGUCCUCCUGCAUCAGAUAAGUUUUUCACUUCCUGCCUUUUUUCUUCUUUUAUCAACGUCUAUUUUCUUUUGACUUAUAAUACUGUGACCAUCGUUCACGUAGCCUACCUUAGAUAUGCUUAGUCCCAGUCUACAAUAGGUGUUUUAAGCCCUAAGCCCUAAGAAAUUGACCAAUCACAGUCAAUCACUCUCCUCAAAUUCAACUGUGAUUGAACAAUUUCUUAAGACUUAGGGCUUAAAACACCUAUUGUAGACCGGGACUUACCCUUAGGUUAACACUAGAAAAUCCUUUUGAAUCACGUAGACCAACUAAAAUUUUCCAGAAAAGUGACAAGACCCUUUUUGGGCCUUAUAAGAGGAGGACUCUCGAACUGCAGCGGCAGUUUAUAACAUAGUCAAUUACUAGUGCUGUAUAAGGAUAUUAUUGUAAGUGAAGUGAUAGAAUAAAUUCUUUUCUUGGAAUAAGAAUUAUCUUGAAUCUACAACACCAUUCAAAGGAAUUGCAAGCGUAACGAGAUGGAAAGCACAGCUGGAGCGAAGGAUCCUCUUGUCUCUCAACACCAGAAGGUGCAGAAGGUGGGUGCAACUGGAAGCGCGAGCGGAUCUGCAGGGCCGGGGCCGGGGAGCGAACGGGAGUGUAGGGACCGCAGGGAGAGCGCCGAGCUGUACCUCGGGGAGCGGAUGCACGCGAACAGUCCACCAUUCGAGAUGUCAACGGACGAUGAUGGCUGGACGUGUUGCAACUCGCGGCAGAACGGCGUCGUUCAACCGCUACUCACAGACUUGUAUCAAAUCACCAUGGCUUACGCCUACUGGAAGAGCGGCAAGAUGAACGAUCACGCUGUAUUUGAUUUGUUCUUCCGUAAGAAUCCUUUCCAGGGGGAAUUCACGAUCUUCGCCGGUCUUGAUGAGUGCAUCAAGUUCUUGAAUAAAUUUCAUUAUUCCCCUAGUGAUAUCAAGUACCUGAAGUCGACUAUGCCUACAGUAGACCAAAGAUUCUUUGAUUAUCUGCAAAGUCUUACUGCGAAAAAUGUCACGAUAUACGCAGUAGACGAAGGAUCCGUCGUAUUUCCAAGAGUUCCUUUGAUAAGAGUAGAAGGACCAUUAAUAAUGGUACAGCUCUUGGAAACGACUCUGUUAACAUUGGUCAACUAUGCGAGUCUGAUGGCGACCAACGCGGCGAGAUAUCGCAUGGUUGCCGGGAAAAAUAUCACGUUGCUUGAGUUUGGUCUUCGAAGAGCGCAAGGACCCGAUGGAGGCUUGAGCGCGUCUAAGUACAGCUAUGUUGGUGGGUUUGAUGGGACUAGUAAUGUCUUGGCUGGAAAACUGUUCGAUAUACCUGUAUGCGGUACACAUGCACACGCAUAUAUUACGUCUUUCACCAGCAUCAAUGAUCUGCAAGGGAUAACAUUGGCGCAUAAGCAAACGGGCGACGUUUUAGAUGUAUUGGAACUCGCUUGCAAUCAUCGCGAGGCUAUCGCCAAUGAUUUGGGAGCUCUAGCCUCGCAGGCGUCUAGCGGAGAAUUGGCGGCUUUGAUCAGUUAUGCCGUCGCUUUCCCGGACAGAUUCACCGCUCUUGUGGACACAUACGAUGUUAAGAGCGUUGAGACGUCGGCCAGGGGGCAGGCACAAGUGGCCAGCCUAAAUGUAAAGAAUAAACUUCUAACUAACGGGUCCAAUACACACGCUCAAAACGGUGUGAGAAACAACCCAUUUAUAACAGAACCAACUUCGCAACCUCACAAGAAUGGCUUAUUAAGACGAGGCGAAUUGGGUGAGCUCUAUGUGAGGAGUGGCCUGUUAAACUUCUGCGCAGUAGCGUUGGCUUUGAACGACUUGGGAUACAAAGCCGUUGGUAUCAGGAUCGACAGCGGCGAUUUGGCGUAUCUCAGUAACGUGGCGAGAGAUAUUUUUGAGAAAAUUGCUGUUAAGUACGAUAUACCGUGGUUCGCAAAAUUGAAGAUUUGCGCGUCCAACGACAUUAACGAGGAGACCAUAAUAAGCUUGAAUGAACAGAGCCACAAAAUCGAUUGCUUUGGCAUUGGAACGCAUCUCGUGACAUGCCAAAGGCAACCGGCGCUAGGCUGCGUUUACAAGAUGGUCGAGAUCAACGACGAACCGAGGAUUAAGCUCAGUCAAGAGGUCGGAAAAGUCACGAUACCAGGCAGGAAGGAUGCUUAUAGACUGUAUGGGUCAGAUGGCUACGCACUGAUAGAUCUCUUGCAGAAAACUACGGAGGAGCCACCGCAAGUGAUGCAGAAGGUUCUCUGCAGACAUCCAUUCCAACAAACGAAAAGGGCUAAUGUUACACCAUCCCGAGUGGAAUCUCUGCACAAGCUAUAUUGGAAAGACGGAAAGCUAUGCCAACCAUUACCUACAUUGCAAGAAGUUCGCAACAGAGUGCAGGAAUCUCUCAAUACAUUGCGUAACGAUCAUAAAAGGAAUCUGAAUCCAACACCUUAUAAGGUAGCUGUCAGUGACACUUUAUACAGAUUUAUUGAUGAACUGUGGUCUCAGAAUGCGCCGAUUGGAGAAUUGCGGUGAAGCAUACUACUCUUGUACAAGAGUAUCGUUAAACUAGUCUCUAGCAAUUAUAAAUAUCGAGUAAUAACAGUGUCAGGAAUCACAGAAUUUACAGACACAAAAUGCAUAAUAAUAAAUCUUUUCUCUCAGAGCAAUGGCAACGUAUCGUCGUAAUCGAGCGUACGCAUGUGCAUCGUAAACACGAUUGCGUCGUAGAAUAUGUUACAAGAGAAGGAAAGAGAGCGAAGAUCCUGAGAGCAUAUUUUUUACACUUUCCAUUGUUGAAAGUAUCGAAUUAUAUUAUCGUCGCAACAGUAUAUUUUGGUAAAUCUUGCGCAAAUCGUAUCAUAACAUAUUUGUAUAGUUUUACACGAUUUAUAUAGAGCGAGAUGUUCCGUUACAGAAGAGGUCUAUUUACAAGCAGUAGCUUUGUCGCGCUCGCAUACACGUAUUCCUAUUUCUAUUAAAAAAAAAAGUACAAAAUAAUGUACAAAAAAGUACAUGUGCUUGUGUGAUAUUAGGCAUGCACAACUCAAAUUUCCGAAUAACGAUUAACUCUGUAGAACUAGUUUAGAGUGUAUUUAUAUAUGUAUAUGUAUACACACGGUUAAAGUACUUGAAAAGAUGGCAAUAUACGACAGCGUAAUUUGUUUCA